GGUUCAAAUGUCGAGAAGGCAUUUUUGUUCGAUGUGGCAAGUAAAAUAUACAUUGCAACCGAUUCCUCACCAGUCGAUAUGGCAACCUAUGAGCUAUGUUGCGAUAUGAUCGACGUUACAAUAGAUAUUUCUACUAUUUAUGGAUGUCCGGGUCACUCACGAAGUUCCGCAUUUGAUUCACAAUCGUCAACAGUUAUUCAUUUACGAACUGAUCAUGUUUUAUUUUUACGACAGGUACUACUAAUCCAGUUGUUCUUCCUAUUCUUUUCUGAACCGCACAAACAUCGUAAUAAAUGA